AUGCUGCUUCGUCGUUUCUCUCUCCUCCUCUCCUCCCGCCUCGCUACACGACCCCUCCGAAGAAUCGAAUCGCCCAAACAGCUCGCGAAAAGAAUGGCUGCCCUCCCUAACACAUACGACGCGCCCGUCCCCAUCGCCGUCAUCGGCGGCACCGGCCUCCGCGAACUCCCCGGCUUCACCCAGGUCGCCUCGCUGAACAUCACGACGCCCUGGGGCACGCCAUCAUCCCUAAUCACGAUCGCGCCGCACGAGGUCCCUGCCCGCGCUAAUAUCGCCGCCCUCCACUCCAUUAGCGUCCGCACCAUCAUCGCCUUCUCCGCCGUCGGCAGCUUGCAGGAGGAGAUCAAGCCCCGCGACUUCGUCGUCCCGGACCAGGUCAUUGACUGCACCAAGGGCAUCAGACUGUUUACAUUCUUCGAGGGAGGCGUUGUUAGGCACGUUCCAUUUAGCGAUCCAUUCAAUGAGGGCGUUGCGAAGAUCGUAUGGGCUUGCGGACAUAGUUUAGAGGGCGAGGGGGUCGUGCUGCACGACCGCGGCACGCUCAUCUGCAUGGAGGGCCCCCAAUUCUCCACCCGCGCAGAGAGCAAGCUGUACCGCUCGUGGGGCGGCUCCGUGAUCAACAUGUCGUGCCUCCCCGAGGCCAAGCUCGCGCGCGAGGCCGAGAUCGCCUACCAGAUGAUCUGCAUGUCGACCGACUACGACUGCUGGCACGAGUCCGGCGACGACGUCACCAUCGAGAUGGUCAUGGGCAAUAUGAAGGCCAACGCCGUCAACGCCAAGCACUUUGUCACUGUCGUGCUGGACGCGCUUGCUGCUGAUGAGAACGCGGACCUUAUCCAGGCCAAGCACUACACCGGCACUGUCAAGUUUGGUCUGAGCACUGCGCAGGCGAACUGGAGUGCUGAGGCGAAGGAGAAGAUGAACUGGCUGUUCCCGGGCUACUUUGAAUAG